AUGGUUUCUCAAGAAGAGAGGUGCUGUGAGGAUGUGGUAUCCGGGCGUCUUUUCAGCCCAGUGGCUCUUCUCUGUCACACUGCUGGCCUGGCUGAUGUUCAUGCUCAGAAAGAGGCUCAAGGUUACCAAGGUCUGGUGGAUAGAGGAGACAGUAUCUGCCUUGCUACUUGAGAGAGUGUGUCAAUGAUGAUACAGCUGGGUGGAACUGUGAUUGGAAGUGCCCGUUGUCAAGAUCUCCGCACCAAAGAGGGACACACCAAGGCCGUCUGUGACUUGGUCAAGCAGGGCAUCACCAACCUGUGUGUGAUUGGUGGUGAUGGCAGUCUGACGGGGGCCAACCAGUUCCGAAAACAGUGGAGAGAGCUGUUGGCAGACCUAAUCCAAACUGGUAAGAUCACAGCAGCUGAGGCAAAGAGUUCCUCCCAUUUCAAUAUCGUUGGCAUGGUGGGCUCCAUUGACAACGACUUCUGUGGCACCGACAUGACCAUCGGCACUGACUCUGCCUUGCAUCGCAUAAUAUAGAUCGUGGGUGCCAUCACCACCACAGCACAGAGGGAUGCAUUCUAUGUGUUGUUGUGCAGUCACCAGAGGACAUUCAGCGUGGAGGUAAUGGACAGGCACUGUGGCGCAUAACUCUUAACUUACCGUUACCUGGCUUUGGCGACAGCUCUGGCCUGUGGCGCUGACCGGGUGUUCAUCCCAGAGAUGCCCCCAGAUGAGGGAUGGGAGGAGCAUCUGUGCAGAAUACUGACAGCGCAAAGAGGCUCACGUUUGAAUAUUAUCAUUGUGGCAGAAGGAGCAAUAAACCGCAACAGUAAAGCCAUCACAUGUGACAACGUCAAAGAGCUGGUAUCCAAGAAGCUCGGCUUUGACACCCGUACCCCCAUCUUGGGCCAUGUGCAGAGAGGAGGAACCCCUUCUGCCUUUGACCUAAUCCUGGCCAGCCGGAUGGGCGUGGAGGCUGUGAUGGCUCUGCUGGAGGACACACCAGACACUCCCGCAUGGGUGGAGUCUGGAAACAUGGCAGCCAGGCUGCCUCUCACAGUACAAGUGACAACAGAUGUAACCACAGCUAUGGCUGAGGGUAGCUUUGAAGAAGCGGUGAAGCUCAGGGGAAAAAUCUUUGAGAACAACUGGAACACUUACAAAAUGCUGGCUCAUGUGCACAUCCCAGAAGUAAAGAGUAAUAUCAACAUUGCCAGAACUGGGCUCCUUCAGGGCUACCAGAUGCCGGCAGUGCACGACGGCUUCAAUGGCUUGGCUCAUGGAAUGAUUGAGCCGAUUGGUUGGUCUGGAGUGGCAGGGUGGACUGGAAAAGGAAGCUCCCUGCUGGGGAUGAAGAGCGAUGGCCUUAAAGUCAGCAGAACCAUACAUCUUAUUUUCUGCAACAGCCUUGCGGACCAGCGUGUUGGGGAUGGCCGAUAG